UCGGAUGAUGACGAUGAUGAUGAUGAUGGUGAUGAUUUUGAUGAUGAUGAUUCGGAUGAUGAUGAUGAUGAUUCGGAUGAUGAUGAUGAUGAUAAUGAUGAUGAUGAUGAUGAUUCGGAUGAAGAUGAUGAUCAUUCGGAUGAUGAUGAUGAUGAUUAUUCGAAUGACGAUUCGAAUGAUGAUGAUACGGAUGAUGAUGAUGAUGAUGAUUCGGAUGAUGAUUCGGAUGAUGAUGAUGAUGAUGAUGAUUCGUAUGAUGAUGAUGAUGAUUCUGAUGAUGAUCAUUCGGAUGAUAAUGAUGAUCAUCCGGAUGAUGAUUCGGAUGAUGAUGAUUCGGAUGAUGAUGAUGAUGAUUCGGACGAUCGUGAUGAUUAUACGGAUGAUUAUGAUUCGGAUGAUGAUCAUUCGUUGAUGAUGAUUCGGAUGAUGAUGAUUCGAAUGAUGAUCAUUCGGAUGAUGAUUCGGAUGAUGAUGAUGAUGUUUCGGAUGAUGAUUCGGAUGAUGAUGAUAAUUAUGAUCAUGAUGAUGAUGAUGAUGAUGACUCGGAUAAUGAUGAUGACGAUUCGGAUGUCGGAUGAUGAUGAUGAUGAUUCGGAUGAUGACUCGGAUGGCGAUGAACCGGAUGAUGAUGAUGAUGAUGAUUCGGAUGAUGAGGAUAAUGAAGGUGAUGUUGAUUCGGAUGAUACUUCGGAUGAUGAUGAUGAUUCGGAUGAGGAUGAUUCGGAUGAUGAUGAUGAUUCCGAUGACGAUGAUGAUUCGGAUGAUGAUUCGGAUGAUGAUGAUGAUGAUGAUGAUGAUGAUGAUGAUGAUGAUGAUGAUGAUGAUGAUGANGAGGAUGACGAUGAUGAGGAUGAUUAUUCGGAUGACGAUGAACCGGAUGAUGAUGAUGAUGAUGAUUCGGAUGAUGAUUGGCAUGAUGAUGAUGGUGAUGAUGAUGUUCAUUCGAAUGAUGAUGAUUUGGAUGAUGAUGAUGAGUCGGAUGAUGAUGAUGAUGAUUCGGAUGAUGAUUAUGAUAAUUUUGAUGAUGAUUCGGAUGAUGAUGAUCCGAAUAAAGAUGAGGACGAUUCGGACGAUGAUUCGGAUGAUGACGAUGGUGACGAUGACGAAUAA